AGGUAUCCAUCUGUUGCGGACCUUCCCCCAGCAGCAGCGAUGCAACAGAAUGGAUGUGUUGGGGACCAUCCCCUUCCUGCUGCAGACCCAGCGCCAGUUGUGAAGGGUCAUGUUGGCUCUGAAGCGGCAGGGCUGUACAGGAAUAAUGUUGGGGACCGGGCAGGCUCUGAUGUUGUUGCAUCCGCAUCCUCGUCUGUCUCUCAAGCUCCUGGUGCCAGUAGGCCUGCAGCUGUUGUUGCUGCUGGUGCAAUAUCUCUUGUUGCUGCUGGUAGAGCUGCUGCUGCCAUUGCAGCUGGAGAUGCUAUAUCGUUUGUUGUUGGUGUACCAAGAGUUGUUGUUGGUUUUGUCUUUGAUGCUGGGCCAGCUGAGCGUGCAGUAGCAUCCGCAGUUGGUCGUCGAAGGAGCUCUGCUGCAGCAACUGUUGCUGCUGCUGUUGCGGUUGUGGCUGCUGGGGUAUUUGCAAUGGCAAGCAGUCUUGGGUGUGUUGUAGCAGUUCAUACUGCCGGCCUUGCAUUUCUUGCGGCAUUUGGUCGGGAGGCUGUUGCGGCAGCUCAUGCUGCUGAGCUGUGUGCUCCCAAUGGUGGUGUAUGUGGCCCGUCAGACCGUGACCCUGUUGGUUGGGGUGUUGUUGUAGAUCGGGAGGAUGCUUAUACCCUUGUUCGGUAGGUGUGCCCCCCGGUCCAGCCCCCUGUCCAGUCUCCCCCAUUUGCUGUUGCAGAGAGCUCCCUCGACAAUCGGCGUUCUGUGGCAGAUGUAGAGGGGUGAGCGGUCGACUUUCGGUCUGUCAGUCGAGGGCCUGCAGCCAAGUUGUGGACUGUGAAUCAAUGUUUGGAGUACCA